GGACUCCCUGGGCCAGUUUAUUCAUCGCCUUUGCAGAGUACCAUAAUGACGAAGGGGUCUUUCCGCGGAGUUUCGUCCGUUUUUACGUGUGUCAAGUGUAGCCUUUUCGGUGAGCUUUUAUCUCGCAGAGGGACAACCAGAGCCACGCGGCAUGUCCACAGCUCCAGGACUUGUUUCAGAGAUUUUCCAAAAGCUGCUUUGACAAGUGACCGAGCACACAUUGAAGCCCGCGAGUCUUGGAGGAAAAAAGAACUGCAUAAUUUCAUCACCCUACUGCCAGACAUUGUGCAGAACCUUACGCAAGAUAACAAAUUGUAUGAAUAUGAAUCUGCAAAUAAAUGGCUGGCACAGGUAUUACAGCAUAAUUUACAGGGAGGAGAGAAAAAAAGAGGUCUUUCUUUACUGCAGUCUUACAGGAUACUUGCUGCACCAGAGGAUGUUGAACCAAAUAACAUAAGAAAAGCGCAGAUAAUGGGAUGGUGUGUUGAAAUGCUAAAUACUUCAUUACUGAUGACAGUGAAUGCUCUAGACAAGACAGGAGAAGAAUUACCUGACUGGUAUUAUGAAGCAAGUGGAAAAAAUGUCUAUGAUCCUGCUCGUAUUAUCGAGACAGCCAUGCACAAGCUCUUAUGGGAGACCUUUAGUAGAGAACCGUAUUAUUCAAAUGCUCAGUUCCUGAUUCAUGAUACGACACAUAAGGCAAUGAUGGGCCACGUAUUAGACAGACAAACUCGAGGCGACCAUUCUCUUGAUCUGUUCACAAUGAAUCGCUAUUCGGCAAUAGUUCAAUACACAGCAUCACAUCCUUCAUUCAAGCUGCCAGUGAUGCUCGCAUUGAAUAUGGCUGGAAUUCAAGAUCCCGAAAUUCAUAGGCAGGCUAGCACAAUUCUUAAGGAGAUGGGUCAAUUUUAUCAAGUUCAGAAAGACAAUCACAAUUUUGAAUCAGACAAUCCUGCUGCAGAAGAUGACAUUGCAAAUAGGAAAUGCUCAUGGUUAGCGGUUGUAGCGCUUCAAAGGGUGACAAAAGCCCAGAGGGAAAUAUUACAGGAAAACUAUGGCAGUGAGGACCCAGAGAAAAUUAGGACAGUUAAGAAUUUAUACCACGAGCUCGGUCUUCCUUCUGUAUUUAAGCGGUAUGAAAAUCAUAGUUAUGAGCUACUUUGUACGCAAAUUCAACAAAUAUCAAGAGGAAUUCCACACCGAGUAUUUUUACACUUUUUGGAUAAAUGGACACACAGAGACUAGAAAGACUGUAAAUGGAAUGAUUUUUUAAAAUAAAUAUUUAUCUGCAGUGCAGAUACCAUCAGCAGUGGAGAAAGAAUUUUUCAACACAUAUAAAGACAAAAGAGGUGUGGUUACAACCCUGUAACUAUUCCCUAUUUUUUUCUGAAUGUAUUGCUUUUGGAUGAUAAAAUUAGCUCGGACGUUCUGUCUCAGCAAUAAUGAGAAGAAGAGGAUAGAAAAAAAUUUAAAUGUGAUAUGAUAUUUCCAUCAGAAAACGAGGUUGCAAAAAAAUACAAAAAGCAUCUUUCCAAAAUGAUCUAAGUUUUACGGUGAUUUUGUUCAUUUAAAUUUUGUUCAAAACAAUGCUAAGAUGCAGGAAACAUGAGGACUGAGAUUUAAGCUCUAGAAAUAUUUGUCUCCGUAUUUGUGGUGUGGAUGACAUUUCACAAAAAGAAACCAAUUUCUAAAUUAAUCACAAGAUAUUCCUCAUUUUCUGGGGUUAUUGGAAAUUUGCAAGAUUUAAUUUAAAGGAGUCUCAGCUGAUCUCUGUUUAAAAAUCAGAAUAAUGUUUAUUUUAAACAUAAUUGGCUCUUUUCCGCUAAAUGCAGUUCGCACAAAAGAUGUAUAGUAUAUCAGUUAAGUCUUUUUUUGAUAAAUAAAACAUUUACUAA